AAAUUAAUAAAUAUCAAGGGAUAUUCUUGUCAGUGUCACUGAAGACUUGUACUUUUGUAGAUAAAUCUCUGAAUAUUGACUGAAGUGGAUUGCUAACCUGAAGAUUGUAACAUCUGACAGUAGACUAUCUACAGGGUUUCGAGAUCUAGAGAGCAGGUAAAAAGCCGCAUAAAUUGGCCCUGGCUCCCUGGCUAUCCUAUCAUCCAAGAUCACCUAGGGCUAGGUCGUGACAUCUCAUCAUGGUUAUGUACCGGUAACUGUAAGGUAACUGUUACUCUUGGUCUGUAAACUGCACUUGAAAUGAAUUAGAAGUCUCAAAAUAUACACCAUGUGAAUAGUUGUAAAAUAUCAGAUUGAAAGCAAGAUGGAUGGUGAUGGAGGGGAAUGGGAAGAAGUGAUCACCCUUCAAAAUGAAGAUAAGGAAACAAACUCAAAGAGAAAACUCCAAGAGCAGGGAGGACAGCAUCGAAGGAAAUCAAAAUCAGAUGUGAUGAAUGGUGAGGGAGAUGACAAAAAUGGUGAACCUGACUAUGAGGUCCUGAACCGACUGACGUUCAUGUCGAUGACGGCGAAUCUCUCUUUCUUGCCGGAGUGUGAUUGGACCAAGGUCAGCCGAGAAAAAGGAAAGCAGGAGUCGAGAGAGGAUGAUGAAGAUGAUGAUGAUAAUCCAUUGAAUAUGGUGCCAGAUGAUGGAUCGACCAUCCUGGAUAUCCUUCCUUGGGAAGAUGUUUUAGUCUCAAGAAUUCUACCCUUCCUGGACCUCAGGGACCUGUUUCAGUUGCGCCAAGUUUCCUGUGGAUUCCGAGACGUGGUUGCAAUAUUCUUUGCGUCCAAUCAUCACCUUGAUCUGUCCGUUGUAGGACCAGAGUUCACUCCUGAUGCAUUCCGUGUGGUAUCAGCUGAGGCCAAGAACCUCAGCACACUCAACGUUGCCAAUUGCAAGAAGUGGAUCACGGACAAUCUAAUCCUACCGGUCAUUGAAGCAAACAGAAACCUUCGGGAUAUCAGCAUCUCUGAAAACUCCAGCCUGUCGACUAACGUGGUGCGCAGGAUAGCCACUCGGUGUCCAGACCUGUGCAGCCUGUCCCUUGCAGAAUGCCAGCAGGUGACAGCCACCUCCGUGGAGUGUGUUGGAAUGAACUGUGACCAGUUGGAACACCUAGACCUCAAGGGAUGCUGGGCAAUGGACGAUGAUACCAUUGCUCUGGUGCUACAGCUUCACCCACAUUUGAAGUGGUUGUCUGUAGCUAGAGCGUAUGGUGUUACUGAUCUCCUAGUAGAUCAGAUCUGUGCGUAUUGUCCAAACAUUGAGUACUUGGAUGUUCAAGGGUGCUGGAGGAUUACAGAUGAUGCAGUUCGCAAAUUAUGGAGCUUGGAGAACCUGAAAACAUUGAAAGUCAAAGACUGUCGACACAUUACCGAGAGAAGUUUAGCAAGAUUCCGUUCCAAAGGGGUUCGUAUCGAUAUCUUACUUCCAGAGGAGAGCGAUCUUGCCAAGUUAGAGCGCCACCUGAGAGCAAGAGAGUUUGCACGAGCUAGAAGUAUGCCACCGAACUUUGCUUUAUGAUGACACCGAUCUACUAGGGCUUGGGUACUUAAGCUUGAAUGUAAAUCUAUUGGAAAGAAUAACAUGUGGUAUGUUUAUAAACUCAAACUUAUUUGUGACUGUCUGUCUCAAAACACAUAGUAUGCGGGUCAAAAUGAUUUUUUAAAAUUUUUAUGAAGAUUUUUUUUAAUGAUUUAUAAAUCGUCGAAAUUCAAGUUCAACAAUAAUCCAAUUCUUUCUCUAAGAAUUUAAUUGAGAGCUUCAAGGCAUAAAGAUUAAAGUUUUGUGUUCACUGACUCGAUCAUUAAAGAUUCAUACCGUGCAAGCAGAAAGUAGGUCUCAUAGAAAAAACUUUUGUUAACCUUACGACUUCAAAUUUUGACAGUAUGGAGAAGAGGAGCUACUCUUUCAGACAAGCUUAUUUUUUUCAAUUUUUUUUUUUUUACUUUUGGAGACCAAAUUUAAUUAGAGAGAACCUUACCUGCAUUGGUUUUGAGGAGUGGGUGGUCACAUUUGUCAAUUAUUCAAUGUGCACAAAGGAAUUGGCAUCCUCAUAUUUACUUACCUAUUUUGUGGAGGAAAUGUGUUUGUUUUGCUUUGAAUCUAACACAUAUCAACCAGAUUUCUUCAUCAAAAGACUGUAUGUUGGGGUAUUUCAGAUGUAUUGAAAGGUGUAAUAUAUACUGAAAAUGUUUACACAGUGCCUUGUUUCUUUUAGUGUGGGUUGUUUCAUUAAGCUAUUUGUAAUUUAUUCAUGAUAUUUCGCAUAAUUGGUGAUCCUUUCUUGUUUCUUAAUAACUUAAUUCAGCGAAAGUUAAAAUCUGAUCUUUUUUAAGUUGAAAUUUUCGAGAUUGAUUAGAAUUAUACAAAGGUUCACUCCCAUUAAGUGGGUAUCUCUUUCUAGCUCAAGAAUGGGCCUCCAGUCAUACGUAACUUACAAAUAGCAUUAGAAAUGCUUAACAGCCCGAAGGUCAUAACAUAGUAUAAAGUAAUGGUUUUCAUUGUUUGUUCAUAAUUUACAUGGUUUCAAAGAUGUACAUGGAUCAGUAGAAAAUGGUACCCAUAUCCAGCUUACAGUAGAGUACCAGAUAGUCGCAAAUCUGAAUAUCAUUUGAAGCAUUCGCAUUAAUCUACAUUUACUAGUAUUUACCCGAGUGGAUACUUCAUUAAUUCUGUGAAUGUAAGUAGUUGUUGGAGUAAAAGGCAGGGUAUUAAUAUAAGUAUGUACAAUACUACAAUGAUAUUCAGUUUGAUUGAUUUGUCUGAUAUACUUUUACUAGACUGAUCAAUGAAGUAUGUUUUCAAAUAUCACAAAGUUGUUAAACAUGGGCACUUACACAUUUACAUGUAACCUCUCAUGUAACUGAGCUACUAUUAUUGCACCUCCUAUGGGUGAUGGUGGUGCAUGAGAUAUUGCAUGUAUACGCAAUACAUCAUCAUCAUCAACGACAUCGUCAUCAUCAUCAUCAUACCUCUAUUCUUAUCGUCAUCAUUUUAUCAUCACCAUCAUCUUCAUCAUCACAAUCAUCUCAUCAUCAUUAUCACCAUCAUCAUCACCAUCAUCGUUUUUAUCAUAUCACAUAACUUCAAUCAGGAUCUUUGUUUUGGUAGUCAUUAUUUAUUUCACCUUGUGUUUUUUAUUUUGUCACAAAUAGUGUCUGAUUGAUUAUAUUUUGAAAAAUCUGAUGAUUGUGUUCAUGCCAGAAACAUGAAUGUGUAAUCUAAUAUGGAAUUGGUAUGCAAGAUAAUCCCUCCAGUGAACUUUCAAAAGUGUAAUACAGAUUCUAUUCCUAUUUUGAUAUUUCAUGGGAUAUUUGAUGCACACCCCCAUUAAUUCACUACUAAACACACUUCAUAGUGAAUACAUUUUCAUGUUGUAAUACGACAUUCCAAUGCGGUUCAUGAACUUCUCAUUUCAACUUUUAUAGAUAAUGUUCCGAAUGUUGUGAUAUUUGAUAAUGUUAUUGAUAUUAUGUAUCAAUUAAUGUUGGAUUUUAACAAAUCUGGGGUUUAUAUUAGAUAUAUUUUCACAGAUUUGAUUUAAAAUUCAAAUGUGCUUUGAUAAAAACACCUAAACAAACACCCAGAUAUAUUUUAAAUUAUGUUUUUAUACCCACAUAAUCUGCAGUAUUAAUAAUUAGCCACCAAAUAUGAAUUUUUUAAUUUAAUCAGAAAGUAUUUUAUUUGCCAUCAAAUGCAAAACUGAGCCUUGUCGGUUUUAUUUUUUUAGAUGAAAUCUAUCAAUAUAAAUUUCCAGCAAAGAAGUGAUAUAUCUACAAGCAUCAGCAUGUUCCUCAAUUAUUUUUAUAUUUUAUGAUGAGUCGGUAUAUUCUUUCAUAUCAAUAUGAUAUAUCUAAUGCAACAGGUUAUUUAUGGUUUUAAUUGAUUAAAAAUUUCACCUAACACUAGUGUUCUGGACUUUUCACAAAACUUGGCAAGUUACAAACUACCGUAAUGGUUCAGUUUGAUUGGUGGAGAACAAAUAUUGUAUAGCUUUUAUUUCAUUCUAAAUGUUAUUGAAACAAUUUUUUAUGAAACGGGGGACCUCUUUUAUUCAGCAAUUCAAAUUAUAAAUGUCAUGUCCAGUAACAAAAGCUUUUAAAAUUCAACAUACUACUAUUAGUGCUUUGAGAACAUGUUCCAGGUAUUCUAUUUUGUUUAAUUAUUCUUUGUUUUGUGAAAAGGGCUUGGUAUUUAUAACUUUGUGAUCAAUAUACCUAUCUAUUAAAAUUAUUCCAAUACUGUGAACUAAAUGCACAUGAUAUUUAAUACUUGGAUUAGAAUUUUGAUCAUGUAUACAUACACAUUCUGUCAUCUUAUAUGGGAUAAAGAUAGGAAACUGGAAUCACAUUGGCACUGUAUUCAUGGAAAAUAUGGAUUCAUGAAAGAUAUUUCUACAAAUACUAGGAUCAAUUAAAUUUGUGAGUUGUAAAUAUCUUGUUAAUAAUCACAUACAUGUCGUUGAAGGAUGUAGUCAUAUCGAAAUAAUGUUGUUUUACAAUGUUAUCAAUUUAUUCAUACUCUCCAAAUAAAUAAUGAAUGAUUAUGUACAAUCAAAAAUAUGAUAAACUUUAUAUUAUAAUGGAACAUAUAUUUUGGAAGAGUGAUCAAUAUUUUAAAGAGUAUUUGAAGGAACUGGCUGGAUUCAUUAAGGAAUAUAUACUCAUCACUCUAUAAGUUUCACUCAGUAUAAACUUUUUGAAUAUCUAACUAAAAUUCAAUGCAAUUGUACAUGUACAUUGUAUUGUUUGGCAAGUGAAAUGGUAUCUGCACUUUGCCAAUAUCCUAUAAAUAUUCAUUCUAGUAUGAGGAAGACACAUGCACCCACACACAAAUUCUCUAUUCUACAAAUGUCUCUCCACUAGCUUCCCCAAAAUGAUUUAAUAUGCAGGCAAUGUGAACAAGUUACUUGAAUGAUCUGUUUGAAACAAUAAUAACUAAGCAACAUCAGGGCCCUGUCUUACAAAGAGUUGCGAUUGAUCCAAUCACUCGUAACUCUAUGGAAAUCCAUCAGUGUCAUAAUUUUUUCUACAGGAAAUGUGCAAAAUGUCCUUUGUAAACAAAGGAGAACACACCGAACUGUAAAGAAAUCAAUGAAUUUAUGUAUAUACAUUCAUAUCUAGAAAAAAAUUAGAGCAAACAUGCAUUUUAUAUGUUGACUUUGCUAGCUUUCCAUAGUUGCGAUUGAUCGGAUCAAUCGCAAGUCUUUGUAAGACGGGGCCCCAGGUAACAAUAGAAAUAUCACCAAUACCAAAAUAUAUUGCCCGUAAUGUGAAGUGUGGUUUAGUAGACUAUGCUUGAAUUAUGGGAAGCUCCUUAUGAUCAUCAAAGUCAUGAAGAAAUCUCGUUACCGGUAAGCAAUGAUAAGUGUUAUUAAUGAGAUUAGAAAUAUGACCUUGUUAUAUCAGGAAGGAAUACAUAUUUGAUUCUCAGUUUUCAGUGUGUUUCUGAACUGAGGUACAUGUACAUAAUUUCCAUACAUUUUCUUACCAUUCUUACCACUUAUUGCUCAUUGACCAAACAGGAUGUGGUAAUACUUGUGCUACACACUGUUUUAAAACUUUUACCAGUAGGUCCCAUUUACACUGCAAGAAAAAUAACUCUGAAAAUCAUAUUUUCCUAAAUGUUUAGAUUUUGUAUUAAUACACAAAGACUAGCAAACCUUAGGACGAUUUUCCUCAAGUUGGAGUAUGUAGAAAAAACUAUGUAGAAAUAUUACAUGUAAGCUCAGAAAGUAACAAUUCAGAUUCUCCCAUCCAAAGUAAGAAUGGUUUCGAGGUCUGUGAGAUAUCCUUAAUUCAUAUACGUGGUUAAAACUUAUUUUUUCCUUACAGCUACCAUGUAUUAACAUCUACACACACCAUGGGGUCCAGAGGCAUGCAGUUUUGUAAUUAGGGGCUUCCUUGAUUACUAACAAGGGAUUCCACAUUUUCUGUCCAGGGCACUCUUGUGUGAUAGAAAUACUCCAUAAAUUGCAGGAAAGCAUGUUAUGUAAUGCAGACACUCACAUAUGAGGUUUCAGUUUGUUUAGUACUUGUGCAAUGUUUAAGUUUUUUUUAUAAAGAUUUAGAAAAUAGUGCAAAAUGAACUUACAAUUUAUAAUGAAGGUUUUUAGUAGUAUUUUUAUAAAUCAUGGUCAAAGAUUGAGCUAAAGACGACAUCAAUUCAUAUUAUUUUGAAUACUGCAUUUACAAAGUAUCAUGAAUACAUUAGAAAAUCAAUGUUAUUUUAAAACCUUGUAUCUCAAUAUUUACAAAUUUUGAAUACAGCUCAGAAAAUGCUCUGUUUAGUAAUUUGCCGAUAAAUAAUUUUCUAAAGGAAUUAGAACGUCUGUAAAUUUCCUAAAUUUUAAUUACUUUAAAUAUCUCUUCUGACAUUAAUUUGAAUGUUUUAUAUUAUUUAUGAAUAUGCAUGUACAUUUUAUAUUCAAAGAGGUUAUGACAGACAAGAUGAAUUUAUGUGUAAAAGAGGGAUAUGCCUGUAAUUCAUGAUUAAUUUAUAUGAUUUGUCACAUUUGGUAAUGAUAAAAAGUAAACUUUUCACAUUGUCAUCUCAAUGUGGGCUAUUAAGAUAGCACGUUGUAUUCAAAGAAUAAUCAAAGAAUCAGGCAUCUUGUAAGGAGGAUCAGUGUUGGUAGUAAUGUAAGGUCAGCCAUAUUUGUCAAGAAAGUAUGAAAGUGCUUUGGAACAAAAAUAAUUGGUUAUGUAGCUGACAAAAGUACUUUAAACUGUCAUUAAAACUGCCAAAACUUUUCUGGAGAGACAUGAAUGACAGGUGACCUCUUAUGUGUACAUUGAUACUGCUUCCAACAAGCAAUGAUAUUGUAACACUUCUUUGCUGGAAAUAUGACUUCAACUUUAUAAAUUGGAUAUUAGUUUAUCCUUUCCUCUAGAUGUCACUAUUGAAUAUAUUGGCAGAAUCAUGGUAUAUGAAUCACGGCAGUGUAUUUGCUAUUUUAGACUUUUAUUUAAUAUAUUUUAUAUAAUUGAUAAAUAUUUGUUUGAUUUACACAAGUGCUGGCACAAAGAUAUUAUGUGUCCCUUAUGUAGCAUGUGUGUGACACGAUGCAAUAUAAUAAAUGUGAAUUAAAUGUCACUAUAAAGCUGAAA